AUGUCGUUAUACUUAACAAAAGAACAAAGGAUUUUUCCUGUCAAACAAUGGUGGAUAUCAGGAAGAAAUUUUCGAGCAGUAAGUGGAGCUUUUCGAAAUGAAUUUCCCGACAAGAAAAUGCCAAUUCGACAAGCAAUUUACAAACUAGCAAAAAAGUUUGAUGAUACAGGUUCUGUUGAAGAUUCACCACGAAGUGUCAGACCGACAACUGUUAGAACAGAAGAAAAUAUGCAACGUGUUUCUGAAACUUUUGCUCAAAAUCCUCGUGAUGCGAAUCAUCUGAAGUCAUUAAUCAAAAAAGAAUUUAAAUCACUCAAUGAUAAUAUUGAGCUAUGCCAAACAACCUGUCGAUCUGUAGCUGAUCGUUGUCAAAUGUGUAUUAAUGCCGGAGGAACACAAUUUGAGCAUUUACGCUAA